AUGGAGAAGCUUGAACGAUAUCGGAGAUUCUCCCCCCUCAAUUGCCUCUCAAUUGCCUCUCAAUUACUUGCAGUCCAGUACACAGUUCAAGCAAACAUGAAGCUACACAGCGCACCCCCCUUCCGCGCAGAGCAGAUGGGCUCUCUCCUGCGCCCAGACAACCUCCUCGCGAUCCGCGAGAAGAUCGCUCAAACCGGGAUCUCCGAAGCCGAAGCCGGCCUCCCCGCCGUCGAGCAAGAAGCCGUCCGCGAAGUCGUCAAGAUGCAACAAGACCUCGGCUUCAAAGCCGUCACCUCAGGCGAGUACAACCGUACUCGAUUCUGGGGACUGAUGUGGGAUGAGUUCAAUGGAACAAUUCGUCUCCAAGACGCCGAGGCAUCCAUGUUCCGCCUCUACCACCCAGACGUAGUCAGUCUAAUUGAAAAAGACCGCAAAGUCAUGCCCGGCGACUCCGUCAUCGCCGGCCAAAAGCUCAGCCACAGCGCCGCGACACCAUCGAACCUGCACGAGCUCAAGCUCGUCCAAGCCUCUCUCCCAGAGUCCGAAUGGCACAAUAUCAAAUUGACCAUGAUCACGCCGGCCUGGUUCCACAUGCGCUAUAAGCAAGGACACGCCUAUACGCCCGAAGCCUACAGCAAUGACGCCGAGUACUUCGCGGACGUGGCGAAGGUGUACAACUCCGAGCUUCGGGCACUGUACGCGGCGGGCCUGCGGAACGUGCAGUUCGAUGAUCCCGGUAUGGCGUAUUUCUGCUCCCAGGCCUUCAGACAAGGGUGGGCAGAAGAUGCCAGUAACACGGGCACAGUGGAUGAUUUGCUUGAUGCGUAUAUCAAGUUAUAUAAUGAUUCGCUGGCUGGGUUGCCUGAGGAUUUACAUACGGGGAUUCAUCUGUGCCGGGGCAAUUUCAUUGGUGGGCGACACUUCUCCGAGGGGUCGUACGAUGUUAUUGCGAAGAAGCUGUUUGAGGAUUUGAAUGUCAACACGUUCUAUUUGGAGUAUGAUACCGAGCGGGCGGGAGGGUUCGAGCCGCUGCGGUUCUUGCCGAAGGAUAAGAAUGUGGUGGUUGGUGUGAUUAGUACGAAGUUGCGGGAGAUGGAGGACAAGGAGGCUGUGAAGGAGCGGAUCUUCAAGGCUGCGGACUUUGUGGCGCAGGGGUCUGGUGAGAGUCGGGAGGAGGCUUUGAAGAGAGUCUGUGUGAGUCCUCAGUGUGGAUUCAGUACUCAUGAGAGCGGGUAUCCUCUUCUUGUGGAGCAUCAGAAGAAGAAGAUGAGUCUGGUUAGGGAGAUUGCGGAUGAGGUUUGGGGUCAGGCUUAG